UUUAUCACAGCUUAAGCUGAAUUUACGAGCCUCAUGAGUUCCGAUUAUAUCUUUUAUUUUAUUUUUUUGUGAAGGAAAAAUCUGUAUUUAUUUUAUAAUAUAUUUUUUUAAUACAGAUGUAAGUGUAGAAUUAAAUUAAUUUGGAAGAAUUGGGUGUGACGUUAGUCUCGAAUUACACGUGGCCACGUGGAAUAUGUGGAGCCCAGGGGGUUUGUUUCUUCACUACGAAGCUAAUCACCGGUGCAGCAGUGUCAUGGCCCCACUGGCUUAUAUCACCCAUCUGUCCCGCUAAAAGAAAAGCGAGCUUACAUACUUCCACUACAUUGCCACUUUGAUUCUUGGACCAAAAUACCCUCACUUAUUAACGUGAUUUCUGAAAAUACCCCCGGCGUUUCCACAAUAAAUACAUGGCCUCUACGCUGCAAUUCUUCCCUUUCCUCCUCCUCCCUCUCUCCUCCUUUAUUUUGUCCACUAGAUUCUUUCCUGCCGUCAUGCUGUCCACUUUUCCCACCUUCGAGUCCAUGCUCGGAAACCCCUUUCCGGCCUUCGACACGGCCACCACGCCGUGGGAAUCCCACGAACUUUUUCCGACGGCGCUCCAGCUGCCGGAACCCGCCGGUUCGGACGUUUUCCAGUCUCCAAAGCCGGUGAUUUCGAGUUCCAGCUCCGAUAACCAAGGCCCAAACCAGGACGAAACGGAAGCCAUGAAUCCCGGUCCAUUCGAGCCGGACCGGAAGGCCGACAUCAUAGACGAGCGAAAACGGCGUCGGAUGGACUCGAACCGGGAGUCGGCGAGGCGGUCCCGCAUGCGUAAACAGAAGCACUUAGAAAACCUAAGGAACUUGGCGACGAAGCUGAGAGUGGAAAACCGGGAUCUCUCGAACCGGUUGCGGUUCACGGUUUAUCAGCUGAACCGGGUGCGGACGGAAAACGACCACCUCCAGACAGAACACACAAUUCUGCGGCAGAAACUUUUGUACAGCCGACGAGCAUUAAUAGUCCGGCAACUCCAACGACAAUUCGCUUACGAACAACAAAACCACCCUGCGCCAACAAUUUCGCAAUACGCCCAAUUAAAUAACAACCACCUCAUUAAUUGCUAAAACAAGCAAAAUCCGCACAACGUUACCAUUAGAAGAACCAAUUUUCUCAGCACUCUCUCUCUCUCUCUCUCUCUCUCUCUCUCUCUCUCUCUC